AUGCGAUGCGCAACACUGUUUCUGUUGUUUUAUCUCAGAAAUCCCGAAAUGCUGAAGCUAGAUUGUAGACAUCACAUCAGAUUUAGGUCUAUUUAAUUUAAUACCCUCUUAAUCCUUCCUGAAAAUAGUCUAUAGUUGUUCUUUAACGGUAACAUUAGAGGGCAGGAGAAUCUGUCUUGUCGUCUCCCCUCCGUAUAAACAAGUAGCCUAACAGACAGACCGACAUUUCUGUCAUUGUGACUGCAGUAAUAAUGGCAUCUCUUCAGGUUUUACGUCGUUUGUGCGUGUUUACACUCAAUAAACCGGUUUAUCACGGUAGAGUUAUCUCAGCAUGCGGACUGAAGACUUCCACCGUCAAUCACGGACAACCUGAUUCAGUGUCAGCUGUGACAUAUGAACAGCUCAAAGCCAUGCUGGCCAAUCACAGCGUGCAGCUGUUUGAUGUCAGGAAUACAGAUGAAUUCCAGGCUGGCCGGAUCCCUGAUUCUGUCAACAUUCCUUUGGGACAGCUUGAGGAGUCACUGAAACUCCCACCCCAACAGUUUCAACUGCAGUUUGGGGUGAAAGCCCCUGAAAAGGAAGAUAAUAACAUAGUUUUCCAUUGCCGAAGUGGAAAAAGGAGUCUGACUGCUCUUGAAAUUGGUCAUCGUCUGGGAUUCUCUAAGGCACGGCAUUAUGCUGGCGGAUACAUUGAUUGGGAACAGCGUGAGAAGAAGUAAAAAGACUUACUGAGCAUCCUUUUAAAUUAACUUCACAUCACUGCAACAGUCAUAUUAAUCUGGACCAAUAAUCUGGAAAUAGAAAAUACAAUUAAAUAUUGACUGUUGAAACUGAAGAAAACCAUUUACAAAAAUGUGAAUAUGCAUAUUAUUUUAAUGAAUCAUCGUAUUAUAUAUGAAACGUUUAAUUAAGAUGUGAUUUCAUUGAUAUGUGAAUAUGAAUAAUAAAGUUGAUUUUUAGAAAA